UUGACUACAGGCUGGAAACAUGGCUUCUCACAUGGGAAUGAGGGAAGUUUGUCCAUACUACAACCAAGAAUUCCCUGCAGUUUUACAGAGAGGAUUACAGGAACUAUGGGAAUCAGAGUGCCUCUGUGACAUCCAACUUACUGCAGAAAAUUAUACGUUUUCGGCGCACAAGUCUCUCUUGGCCGCUGCAAGCUGGUAUUUCAGGAUAAUGUUUACAACAGACAUGAGGGAGAGGGACCAAAACUCAGUGGAGUUAAAGGGGAUUUCUGCCGUAGGUCUAAAAAGUGCAUUGGAUUUUAUUUACACCUCUCAACUGUGUGCAGAUUUUGAAAGCGUCGAAGACGUGCUGCUCACGUCAACUCAUCUGCAGAUACCGUACCUGACAGAAUGCUGUGUAGAUUUUCUGAAGAAAUCGCUGAAUGUAGAUAAUUUCCUUGACAUCCUGUCCCUUGCUGAGAAAUACGAUUUGGUUUCUUUGAAAACUGACUGUUUCUCGUUUAUUUCUACAAACCUGGGCGUUGUCCUGGAGAUAAAUGAGCGGUGUUUGUUACAGUUGGAUGCUGAUUCUAUUUUUGCUGUUUUGGAAAGAGACGAUGUUAGUCCAAGUGUCAAUGAAAGAGACCUUCUAGAGUUAGCAAUUAAGUGGUUAAAGUACGAUUUGGACAGGAGGCUACCUCACCUGGAGUGCCUUAUUAAACACAUCCGGUUGGGUUUGAUCUUUCCUCCAAAAUUUGAAUUUGAGAAUGAAAACUUGAAAGACGCUGUCAGUCUUCUGAAGUCUGUGCCACAAGGCGAAGGGUACCUUAAGAUGUUGUCCGAAGCUGGUCUUCAGUUUAAAGACGACAAUCCUUUUAAAAAGUGGUUUAAGAUACGGUCGACACAGAAAGGAGUGCUGACAACCUGUGGGAAAACCACUGGAAGCCAGGCGUGCAGAGAAAUAACGAUUUUGACAAGCGGUAUGGACUGUAAACCUUCCUGGAAAACCAUCACAAAUGCUGAGGAGACCUACAACCACUGUACUGUGGUGUUAAACGAUUACCUGUAUGUCAUAGGGGGGCAGAAUUCAUGGUUCAGCAGCAACCGUAAUGAGGAGGCCAUAGCUUCAGUGCUGCGAUACGACCCCCGCUUUGACAGAUGGACACGUCUUGCAAAUAUGAAUGUUUGCAGACGUCGUUUCCAAUGCAGUGCCAUGGGGGGUAAAAUCUACGCCGUGGGGGGUAGAGGGGAGGGGGGCAUCCUUUUCUCAGCAGAGUGUUACAGCCCUACUGAAGACAAGUGGCGGUAUAUUAAAGCUUUACCAUCUCCACUGUCUAGCCAUGCUGGGACGGUCCAUCAAAAUAAGCUGUAUGUUUGUGGAGGCUCUUCAGGGGAGGUAUUUUCAAGGUCUGUGUUCAGGUACACCCCGGAGCUGGACGAGUGGAUGACCCUGUCCCCUCUCCGGCACCCCCGCGGCUUCCACAACAUGACCUCAGUUGGGGACAAGAUCUACGUUAUGGGCGGUGUACUGCUCACCAGCGCAGAUGGUCAGCAGCGAUCCUAUUCAGAUGUCAGAGUGACCGAGUGUUACUGCCCUCUCUCUGACCAGUGGACAGAACUGUCUCCUCUGCCUGUAGGACACAGCCAGCACGGAGCUGCAGCCCUUGGCAACAAGAUCUACAUCAUGGGGGGUUUCUCUUGGGAAGAGGAACGGUUUCUGAGCACUGUUCAUGUGUACAGCUGUGAAACAGACACUUGGAGUGCCGGUCCUGAACUGCCAAGACCACUUGUGGGACUUUCAAGUGGAACACUUACCCUCCCCCACUCCCACAGUAAAUAAUGAUGUACUGCAUACUUUAAAAUACCUUUUUUUUGUUUGUUUUACAGUUUACCCUUUUCCUUUUAUUGAAUUUAAGCACAAACCCUUUCCUCACAACUGCUUUUUCUUAAACAUGGCCUUGAUGCUUAGAGAUAGCACACAUCUUACUAUUGCAAGGUUUGACUCAAGUGUAUGUUUUCAAAACUAAAACUAUACAAAGAUGUUUGCAGUUACAGUAUGUGAAAUCAUAAUUUCAUAUUCCACAUUGAAAGUUUUAUGUUUAAUGCAAAUGUUUUUACAGCAAGACUAUAUAACCAGCUUGUUUACUGCAGAUUGUUUUUUUUUUUUUCCCCAGACAGGUGUGCUUAUGAUGUCACAGUAUAUUUUUGUUAAUACAUUUCUUUAUGAACACUGAAAAAACAACAAAAUAACAAACUUAGAAAAAAAAAACAUGUAGUUGUCAUUAAAAAAAAAAAAAAAAAAAAAAAAAAACUUUAGGCAAUUGCAAGAAUGGCUCUCUCCCUUUUCUUUCUUUUCCUUUUCUUGUCCUCAAACCGGUCUGUGGCAUCAGCAAAGAAGGUCACGUCUUCUUUACUUUCAAUCUCACGCUGUAAAAACUGCAGGCCUGCCAUAUUGAAUCCAAGAACAUCCUGGAAGAAGAAACACAGGGAAGUCAAACAGCAGCUGGAAAUAACACUGCUGAACCCUAAAAUACUUCAAUCUACUCGUACUGCAUUUACCGGUACUAACAUUUGCACUGGAACAGCCUCAUGAGAUACUGGGGUGUAUUCAAUUAAUCUAAAAACUAUUGGAUCUUAAUACCACAUAACAAAUCAUUUAAAAAAAAAAAAAAAACAGACACACACAACUCUCCCUGUGCAAAACAGUUUUAAGUGUGUUUCUUUCAGGAACAACAUACAAAACUUAAGAGAUAUUUAUUUAUUUGAAUGACGGUGGUAUUAACCCUUUGUGGUCCUAUGUCGGACCAGGUCCGACAUCAUCAAAA